AUCUUCUUUCUGUAUAUGCAAGCAAUUCUAUCUCCUUUCAUUCGGUUGCCAUCUCCUAAAAUACUGAACCCCCACCCUUUAUUCUCAAUUUACAGUCAAUAAUACUUUCUCUUCUUAAACUUAAAACAUGUGUGGCGGUGCUAUUAUAGCAGACUUCAUACCUCGCCGCGGUGGCCGCCGUGUCACUGCUUCAGAUCUCUGGCCUUGCUCAGCCUUUGCUACUAAACGUAACGACAACAUUGAGUCUUUUCCCCAUCCGCAUGACUACUCACUCAAACGACCACUGAAUAUCUCUUCAGCUGAUCCAGGUGAAGGGCAAGUGGAAAAGAAAGCAAAGAGGCAAAGGAAGAAUCUUUACAGAGGAAUAAGGCAACGGCCGUGGGGCAAAUGGGCGGCCGAGAUUCGUGAUCCAAGAAAAGGUGUCCGGGUCUGGCUUGGUACCUUCAACACCGCUGAAGAAGCAGCGCGAGCCUACGACAGAGAAGCCCGCAAGAUUCGCGGCAAGAAAGCCAAAGUCAACUUCCCGAACGAAGACGACAACGUCACCGUCCAGCAAUAUCACCAUAAUCCAAAUCCCAACCCCCCCUGCCAUGGACCCCAAACUAUUGAUUUUACUAAUAAUUUAUCCAAUACAUUUGGUUUGGAGUUUGGUUAUGAUCUGAACCAGAUUGGAGAAUAUGGGGUUGGGAAUAUUGCUGAUCAGAUUGUUUCUCCUGGUGACGACACUUAUGGAUCUGGUUCUGGUUCUGGUUCUGAGGGUGUCUAUGAUUCAAUGGAGACGCAGAACGUGAAUGAUGCUCAAAUUAAGGUGAAAGAGGAGGAAAUGCGGAAAGCUCAGGAGGAAGAGAACGAAGUGCAGAAGUUGUCAGAGGAGCUAAUUGCAUAUGAAAAUUUCAUGAAGUUCUAUCAGAUUCCAUAUCUUGAUGGCCAAUCACCUAUCCCCAAUAACACUGUCCAGGAAAGUGUUGUUGGUGAUCUUUGGAGCUUUGAUGAUGAAGCCAAUGCUACUCGUUCGAACUUAACGCCUCCAUAAACAUGCCCUGUAUUUGUUGCUUUGUAUUAUUUGCGCUUGUUUUGUGUAUAAACUCCAUGAAAAUGUUCAUUAGUUCUGUAGGUCUAGGAUCGUGUUUAAAUUCGUAAGCAAGCUUAUCAAAGAUUAAAGCUCAUGUUGUUAUGGAGGUUUUACUUGGUGAAAUUGUAAACCCAUUUGCGUUUAA